AUGGCGUCCGUGCAACCCAAGCCUGAGUAUCCUGGAAAGCUGUUGCAAGCAACUGCUAUUGCCAAGCCCUUCCAGGAGGAGAUCCAAACAGUUGUUAACCAGCGAAAGGAGAAGGGCCUUCGCGUCCCGAAGCUGGUUGGCAUUCUGUCUAAGCCCAGCCCCCCUUCUAUUGCCUAUGCUGAAUGGACAGCGAAGGCAUGUGAAGCCGUCGGCAUCAACUUCGAAAUCUGGAAGACAUGGGAUGACUCUGUUGAAGUGACUGAGGACAACAAGGGCGGCUCUGAUAGUCUGAAUAACAUGGGUCUUGAAGCCGAUGUCGAAGACUUGAUUCUCGCUGCGAACCGUGACAAGAGCAUCGACGGUAUUAUGGUCUACUACCCCAUCUUUGGUGGACGUCAAGACACGUACCUCCAGCAGAUCGUGGACCCGCGAAAGGAUGUUGAGGGCUUGAACUUCUUCUACUGCUGGAAUAUGUAUCACAAUGUCCGUUGGAUUAAGCCAGAGCAGGUCGGCAGCGCUCCUGGUACGACCAACGAGUCUGAGCUCUUGGAUCUUGAUUCGAAUGUUCUGGAUGAGAAUAACAUCCCUAACGGCUACUGCAAGAGCAUCCUUCCUUGCACCCCGCUGGCUGUUGUCAAGGCCUUGGAGGCUGUAGGCGUGUAUGACCCCAAGCUGCCCUAUGGUGACCGUCUGAAGGGCAAGACCAUCACGGUGGUCAAUCGCUCGGAAGUAGUGGGCCGUCCUCUUGCUGCUCUCCUUGCUAAUGAUGGCGCUCGCGUUCUAUCUGUGGACAUUGACUCAAUUGUUGAAUUUGCCAAGCGUUACGAUGACAAUGAUGACACCGACGCGUCCCUGAGUCCUUACAAGAAGUCGUCACAGGUAGUGCAAGCGCACAAGCAGAACAGCUCUGCACGUCUCCGCUCCUCUCACACCGUUCGUCCAAGCCCCUUCCAUGACUCUGAAAGCUGUAUUCGUGCUUCUGAUGUAGUUAUCGGUGGUGUGCCUUCGCCACAGUUCAAGAUCCCGACGGAAUGGAUCAAGCAGGAUGCUAUUUGCAUUAACUUCAGCUCUGAGAAGAACUUCCAGAGCGACGUGCGUAGCCGUGCCUCUGCGUACCUGCCCAUUGUCGGAAAGAUCACUGUGUCGAUGCUCCAACGUAACUUACUUCGUCUUGUGGAGUACCAGGAGAUGGUGCACAAAUAG